CUAUUCAGUUCGCGGUUUUAUUCGGUCGAGCAGGCAUUGAGCCGAGUUAUGUAGUGUGCUUUGACGGUUAGAAUUCAAACGGGCAUUGAAACUGUGCUGCGCCGUUGCAGUGCCAUUGAAAGUGAUUAUAAAUAACCUGAGUGUGUGCAGAGUGAAGAUCGUUCGAAUUGUGCCUCUGCUCGUAGUUUAUCAUUGCUGCGUGCCAGAAGAUCACGCCAAAUAAAAAAAGUGAAAUACAAGAAUUAUGGAAGAAAACAACAAAAUGGCGAAGGAUAUGGAUAUGGAUAUGAACUUCAGCGAUGCAAUGGACGUAGAUAUUACUAUGGGCGACGUGGAUGUUACCAUGGCUGAUGCGGAUAUUAGUAAACUUUUGAAUGACACGCAUACUUUGCCUGUGUCCAACCCUGAGACUCCGCUGCAAACGCCCGUGAAGCCACAUGUACGUGUUGAAGAUGAGCUUUUCAUCGCUGCAGACUACAUGAACAAUGUGCAGGUCAAUCAGGUGAUUACGCCUAACCAGCAUCCAGAACCAUUGAACUCUACUUUUAAUUGCGAAGACAUUAAGAUUAAGAACAACGAAAGUAUUCACACCAACGAAAACGGAGGUAUUGUACAUGAGCAUUUGAAUAUUACAAAUGAGGUUAUGAAUGCAAGCGUUGAGGGUAAAAAAGAUUUGAACUCGACGUUUGGUGUGGAUAAUAAUUGUGUUAACGUCAAUGGAGAUACAAAUGGCAACCAGAUGGUAGAUGUGAGUCUUAAUAUGAGUGCAAGCCAUAUGAAUGGCAAUGCAGCGAAUAUGAAUUUAAAUUCCACGUUUGAAUUGCCCAGCGAAAAUCUAAACACCAACAUGGCUGACAUUUCAUGUAUUCAAAACAUUUCGAUUAUUGGUAAUAAUCUGCCGGUUAAUAUGGCGAAUUCUAAUGUUGUUAAUAGUGAUUUGUCGAUUCAAUCAAAAGAUUCUACUGCUGAAGUCACUGUGAUUGCCAAUGGGACGUUUGAUGCCAGUCGGUCUCAAUCACAAAUAAAUGUCACUCAAGAGUUGAGUACACACAAUAAUGAGCAGGAUGCAGAGGAAUAUCUGCAGGCUGAAGGCAGUUCGGGGCAUUCAUCGGGUAAUUAUCAAGAUGUCCCUGAAGUUGUCGAAGCAGAAGUGCCAAUUGCAGAUAAUAAAGUUAUCAAUGAGCAGUUAUCAACAUUUUUCAACUCGCUGACACAGAAAAAGAGAGAAACUGAGAAAACUUUAGAAAAUGUUAAUAUGGAGGUAAAAAUAAUUGAAACAGAAGAUAAUUCGCAUAAAAUUGAAGAUAUUCCUCAAAAUAUUACUAUAACUGAAGAAAUAUGUUUUAACUCAGCUGAGAGUGAGGUUAUUUCUAUUGAAAAUGAGGUUAUUCCUUCAAAUAUAACCCCUUCUUUGGAAUCUGCAGUAAAACCAGUUGAAAUGGAAGUAAAUACCAUCAAAAAUGAAGAUAUCUCUCAAAAUAUUAUAACUCAUGAUGAAAAACCUGUUGAAUCAAUGGAAACUGAUGUAAAUUUAAUCAAAAAUGAAGAGAACACUCAAAAUAUUACAACUCUUGCAGAAAAACCUGUUGAAUCAGUUGAAACUAAUGUAAAUUUAAUCAAAAAUGAAGAGAUUUCUCAAAAUAUCUUAACCCAUGAAGAAAAACCUCUUGAAUCAGUUGAAACUGAUGUAAAUUUACUUGAAAAUGAAGUUUCGCCUAUACAACCUGCUCCCUGCUCAACAAACAAUGAUAAUUUGGAGGAACUUAAUAUUAAUCCAACUGAUGAAGACAAUACUGUCAUUUUUGAAGAUGCCGAACAGACACUACCAGCAGUUGAUCCUGUGACUGACGCUGUUCCACCAUCUCAGCCAGAUAUAACAAAAUCUCCUCUGCCAAUAAAAAAUGUCAGCCAUUCUAACUCACUUAUGAAAACCGCUCUAAUGGCGUGUCAUGACGCUUUCCAAAGCAUCACACGCACAAAAACAGAAGACUCACCACUAAAUAACUCCACAAUGAUACUAUUUGAUCAAUCCGGAAUUGCAAGCGGUGAUUGCUUGAACACCACAAAUACCAAGAGCAGUAAUCUCUUGGAUUGCACCCUGGAGAAUGGCACGAUGAUGCAGAUGCUGCAACAGGAGCAGGAGAAAGUCUUACAAGCCGCCAACCGGAUGAAUGAAGAUAAAUUAACACCUGCAAAAGAAACUCACCCGUCACUAUUGGCCGAAAACAAGGAAAACAUCAAAAAUGCCGCCGGCGACCGCAACGAGCAGGCAAACCGCGAGAAGAUACGCGACAAGCCACGGCCUUCGUUACUUCUUCAAUUUGACCCUCUUGCUAACUUGGUUAAUGGUAAGACUGAAGAGUCUAAAUUAGAAGCAUUGCCAAUUAGGACUUUGCCAUUGGUAGUGACAAAAAGCCCAAAGUCUUCGGGGCGAUUGCUCGACGUUGAUCUGGAGUUUGACGUUGAACACAAGAAAGCCAUGGAUGCCGUCAACGAAGAGAAGAUGAAUCUCAUCCAGGAGGUAAACCGUCUCAAACUAGAACUUAAUCAGGUUAAGCAGGAGAACACAACACUCACUCUGGAGAUUCAGAAGCGUGAGGAGGUAUAUCUCAAAGCAGAGGCUAACAGUACUCUCAGAGAGAGUCAGUAUGAGUUGGAAUUGAAACAACUUAUGGAGAAGUUGGAGUCUGCCAAGGAGCAGAACAACAAUGAAGAGUUAUCUGAAGUUAAACAAGAACUAAAACAGAGUCAGGCAGAGAUCAAAAAGCUUUUGGAAGAGAUUGCACAUUAUAAGAAAAUAAUGAAUGAAUAUGAAUCGACGCUGAGUGCUAACAACUGCGAAAAGGAGAAGCUCAAGACGGAGCACACGACGGUCACACAGCAUUUGGCUGCGUUGGAGGUGUCUUUCUCAGAUACAAUCACCAAAUACGAUCGGUGCAAGGAGAUUAUUGCUGGAUUCAGUCGCAAUGAGGAGACGUUGAAGGAGCGGCUGGAGAAGAGCAAUCAAAUUGCCAUCAAAUAUGAGGAGCGUUAUGAGACGCUAAAGAGUCAUGCUAACUCACAAUUAGACAAAGCGAAUAAAGACCUGAUAGCAGCAAAAGAAGCACACCGAACCGAAAUUGGUAAGCUCAACACGCUUAUCAAACGGCAGGAGAUCAAGAACGCGUCGCUGCAGCAAACACUCGAGCAGAAGAUUGCCGAGUGCACUGCGCUGGCGUCGCUCUGCGAUGAAAUGACCGGCUCGGGGAUGCACUAGACUGCGUCCGGCUAAUCUCUCUACUCAGACAGCUUGGAAGUGAUUGCAUUUUACGAUUUUAAUUGCUACGUUCGUGUUUACACGUGUAACUAAGCUAGUAUUAUCUAUUUAAUGUUUGAAUGCAAAUGUAUAUAUAUUAUAUGUCUUAAAUUUUUGUUAACAUUCCUCGUAAAUAAAUUAUUUGAUUACUA